AUGGGAGCAAAAAUCAUCAGCCAGGAACUGCUGGGAAUCGGCUCCUCCUCGGGCUGGGACAUUUUGGAAAAGGAAAAUCCAUUUUGGAAGGAGGAAAAUCCAUCCUGGGAAAAGAAAAAUCCAUUUUGGAAUGAGGAAAAUCCGUUUUGGAAAAAGGUAAAUCUGUUUUGGAAGGAGGAAAAUCCAUUCUGGAAAAAAGAAAAUCCAUUCUGGGAAAAGGAAAAUCCAUUCUGGAAAAGGAAAAUCCAUCCUGGAAAAAAGAAAAUCCAUUCUGGAAAAAAGAAAAUCCAUUCUGGGAAAAGGAAAAUCCCUUCUGGGAAAAGGAAAAUCCAUCCUGGGAGGAGGAAAAUCCAUUCUGGGAGGAGGAAAAUCUGUUUUGGAAGGAGGAAAAUCCUUUCUGGGAAAAGGAAAAUCCCUUCUGGAAAAGGAAAAUCCAUUCUGGAAAAAGGAAAAUCCAUUCUGGAAAAGAAAAAUCCCCUUGGAUCCCCCAGCCCAGCUCUCACCAUUCCCGAGGCCUCACUGCAGCAGGAACAUUCCCAGGAACAUUCCCAGGUUCAUUCCCAGGAACAUUCCCAGGAACUUUCCCAGGAACAUUCCCAGGUUCAUUCCCAGGAACAUUCCCAGGAACAUUCCCAGGAUCAUUCCCAGGAACAUUCCCAGGAUCAUUCCCAGGAACAUUCCCAGGUUCAUUCCCAGGUUCAUUCCCAGGAGCAUUCCCAGGAUCAUUCCCAGGAACAUUCCCAGGAGCAUUCCCAGGAACCUUCCCAGGUUCAUUCCCAGGAGCAUUCCCAGGAACAUUCCCAGGAGCAUUCCCAGGAACAUUCCCAGGAACAUUCCCAGGAUCAUUCCCAGGAACAUUCCCAGGAACAUUCCCAGGAAUAUUUCCAGGAGCAUUCCCAGGAACAUUCCCAGGAACAUUCCCAAUUUUCCAGCUGCUGCUGCUGCUGCUGGAUCCGCAGGGAAAAUCCCCAAAUCCCCAAAUCCCACAGGUCCCUGCCAGGUUGGCCUUGGGAGUUGUGCUGCAAUUCUGGGCUGAAAUCUUUGAUUUUAGCCCAGUCUGACCCAAUUCUGCCACAAACGCACAAAGAUUUUAAGGGAGGGUGAGGAACUUGCCCAGUUCUUAAUCCCUUUUUUUUUUUCCCUUUGGAUUUUUUGCCUUGGCAAAAAUAAAAUAAAAAUAAAAAUAAACUUAAAAAUUAAAAAUUAAAAAUUACAAGUGUUUUCUUCCCUGUUUACCAAUGCAGGAGGAUGUGGGUAUGAAAUGCUGCUACAGUUGUGUCACUGGAGCUCGAGGAAAUAAAAAUAUCCAGAUUUGUUUGGUC